CUUUGCAAUUAGACUUUGUAAUUUUUUACUAUUUUGUUAUAUGUGAUACCUUUGUUUAAAAUUUGAAUUUAAGUUAUGAAAUUGUGAAUUUAUGAUAUGAUAUUUUUUAAAAAUUUAAAAGCUAGUUAUAUUUUUUUAGAGACUGAAUCAUCCGGUUCGACCGGUUUUAUACCUAUAUAAUGAUAGGUCUAUUCAACCGAAUUAUCCGGUUUAAUCCGGUUUGGUCGUGCGGUUCGACCAGUGACCCAGUGGUUCGACCUAUAAACCAGUGACCCAGUACCCUCACCGGUUCGAUGACCGGUCCGGUUUUUAAAUCACUGAUUUUUUGUUUACCAAGUGUUCAAGAGUUAGAUUUGUCAUAUAAUGCUAAACUUUUCGGUCAACUUCCAAAAUUUAAUUGCAGUGCAUCUCUUAAAAUUUUGGAUCUCUCAUGGGGUCGAUUUCAAGGGUCAAUUCCUUUUUCCUAUUCAAACCUCACACAUCUUACUUCACUAGAUCUUUCAUUAAACCACCUUAACGGUUCAAUUCCAUCUUCACUUUUAACUCUUCCGCAUUUAACUGCUCUAUAUCUCAAUGACAAUGAUCUUAACGGUCAAAUUCCAAAUGAAUUUCCGCUGACAAAUAAAUUUCAAUUAUUAAACUUAGGUCAUAACAACAUUAAAGGUGAGAUGCCGUCAUCACUCUCAAACCUUCAACAUCUCACUCAUAUGUGUUUACAUCUUUUGCUCUUCAACCUUCCAUCUUUCUCUUCUUCUUUCAAUUUCUCAUGCCAUCAUGAUGAAUAUUAUGCUUUGCUUCAAUUUAAGUCCUCGUUCACUAUAGGUGCUUCCUAUUUUAUGGAUGAAACUUAUAUUCCAAAAACAACAACAUGGAAUAAUAAGACUAAUUGUUGCGCAUGGCAAGGUGUCAAGUGUGACAUAAUCUCUGGUCCCGUGACUGGCAUCAACCUGUUCAGUGAGUCCCUUCAAGGUAUGUGAAAAUUGUUUUUCUCUUAUUUUCUCGUUCAUUCUAUAUUUGGUGGUUUUAUGAGUCAUACAUAUCUUGAUUUGUCUUCUUGUUAU